ACAUCAACGCAAAGAAAAGUCGACCCUCGUGCGAUGCGCAGCUAGGCUUUGCACACGUCGGCAUAUAUCCAAGUUUUCGAGUCCAAGAUCGAGGAGAGGCAGCUGGAGUCAAGGUACUAGCAGUGGUAGAGCUUGGAGAGAGGUCAAAGCUAGCUCGGAGCGCAUGGCCAUGGAGGUCCAGGGCUCCAGGCGGCACCAGGACGCCGGCGUGAAGGUCAAGUUCAUCGAGACGCGGUUCAUCAGCUCCGACGCCGCCAGCUUCAAGGCCGUCGUCCAGCGCCUCACCGGGAAGUCCUCCUCCCUCGCCGCCUCGCCGCCGCCGGCGCCGCAGCCGCGGAGGCCGCACCCGUGCCGGCCGGCCUUUGCUGGCGCGGGGCAGCAGCAGGCGGCCGCCGGGUGGCCGGAGCAGCACCAAGCUCUGAUGACCGUGCCGGCGCCGAAGCAGGAGCCGCUCGCGGCGGCGGCCCCUCGCCUGGAUGAGAUGCACGAGCUCUGCGACUUCGCCGACCUGUUCUACACCACCGCCACCGCGGGCGCACGGCACGACGACGCCGGCAGCGCCUUCCCGUACUGAAAUGACGUCGCGGGCCUUAAUUCUUGUUUUGUGGAGCUCGAAUGCUUGUGGUUUGCCGUUGCAAAUUCGGAGUGUGUUGAGCACAUUAAUGGUCCAGUAGAUGCGAUGGUCUGCGAUCUGCCACCCGCUGUACUGUUUGUUGGGUUUUCACAGGAAUCAAACACAUCGCGGACACAAGAAAACAAGAACACAAAGACUUCCGAGGCCGCAAACAGCUUAGCCUUUUCUUCUCUUCUUUAUUUCUUACGUUACAAACCCAUCAACAUGCAUGUGUAUGCUUUUAUACUCCGAAGUAUCUAACCGGCCAGAAUACAAGCUCCUUUCUUGUAUA